CGUCUAGUGAGAUACAUCUAUAUGUAGUUGGCUGUUCAAUUAUUCGAACGUCAUGCGCGUAGUCAACCGAGUCCAUCCUAAUGCUUAGCAAUCGGCUGUUCGCUAUCGGCAUUCGCCAAGCAAAGAUUGUCAACGGUCUUGGUAAUCAUUGGAGUUCACGUCACGCCAGUGACAGCAACUGUCGCACGUCGCACAUAUCGAUAAAGUGCACGAUGUUGAAUUUAUUCGGACCACUUCUCGACAUUCCGACGACCUACUACGGGGCGCUGCUGGGCGUUGGAUUCUGCGCUUAUUAUCUUUUUGAAGUUGUUAAAACGCCUAUGCUGGUAUGUGCGAAUGGACCAUUCCGAUCAUUUCUAGAAGAGCACGUAUCUCUAGUGAGGAGCAAGUUUUGGCCAACCCUAUGGUGUUUCGAAUCCAGGGCACAAACCAUUAUAGCAAGCCUUCUUAGAUCGCGAAUCUUGCCACCUAUUCACUAUAAAAGAGAGAUUCUGACCUUGUCGGAUGGGGGUGAAGUGGCUCUGGAUUGGGCGGAACAGGGAUGUUCCGUUACUUCGCCCAUCGUGAUUAUUUUGCCAGGACUCACCGGCGCAAGUCAAGCAGAAUAUAUCAAGUGCCUUGUCUCGUCCGCAAAAAAAGUUGGCAUACGAUGCGUAAUCUUCAACAACAGGGGGUUAGGAGGCGUAGAAUUAAAGACUCCACGAAUGUAUUGCGCUGCAAAUAGUGACGAUUUAUCAGAGGUUAUCGAAUACGUGAGGAAGAUUCAUCCUCAUGUGCCUUUGGGGGCGACAGGAAUCUCGAUGGGAGGAUUAAUUUUAGGUAAUUAUUUAGCACGACAAGGAGUAAUGGCAAAAGGAAAACUAAAAGGGGGAUUCUUGAUAUCCGUGCCAUGGAACGUAUUCGCUGCAACGAAAAGUACGGAAGAGAAUUAUUUUAAUUUGAUGUUAAAUAAGUAUUUGGCCAGUACACUUCGUAAGAAUUUACGGCGUUUGCACUAUUCUUCGGAAACCGGAAUGUUCGACGUUGACAUUGACACUAUUCUUAAAAGUCAAACAUUGAGAGAGUUUGAUUCACAUUUUACGGUGAAACAAUUCGGUUACAAAAAUGUAGAGGAAUACUAUUCCAAUGCAACCAUACAUGACAAAUUACAUUUGAUUGACGUGCCGUUAUUGUGUCUCAGCGCUGCAGACGACCCAUUUCAACCAUUUCAAGCCAUACCAGUAAAAGAAAUAUCAGAAACUAAAAAUGUAGCUGUUGUUGUAACAUCCCGCGGCGGUCACAUUGGUUUCAUGGAGGGUAUGUGGCCAGUAAAAGAAGAACAAUACAUGGGUAAACUGUUUUCACAAUUUUUCACCGCUCUGUUCACUACUGGUUUCGAUUGUCAAAUGUGAUAUGGAAAUUAAAUGAACUUACAAAUUAUAUAUCAAAUGCAUUCGAAUCUAAACAUUAAUAUUUGCGUUCAGGCAUUGCGUUAAAUCUAUCACGUGCCAUAAUUAAUCAUAUUCAGGGUAUUGCACAUGCGAUGUAAAUAGUACUAAGAACUAUUGACUUUCCACCGCUUUUAUACUAAAAAGAUUUUCAUGAACGAUCUACGAAAUAUUAGUUAAUAACAUAAUAUAUAUAGAUAUAAUUUUUUACAAGCACAUAGAACAAUGUAUAAAAAUAAAACGCACAUAUUCGUUUUUGCUAGUAAUGUUAUAUUUAUUUUUAAUAUACUAAGUUUAAUAUGAAAUUUGUUAUGCAUAUCUUAUUUUCAAAAUAAAUAACACUUUAGUUUUAUAUAUUUGCUUUGUAUUCGGGCAAAUUUGCUUCAAAUUAAAGAAUAUAAACAAUUUAAGUCGUUUGAAAUAGUCUUGUAAUGCAUCAUUCAAUAAUUUAUUUCGUUCAUUAUAAAUAUUUCGCACAAGAUUAUAAUAAAUAAAAGUUCCUGAACAAAUUAAUCUGGAAAGUACAAACAAACAUAUUCGUUAUAUUAGUAUUCUAUUUCCAAGAGCUAAUGUUGAAAUUUGAUUAAGUAUAAGUAUAAAUUUGAUUUGAGUCGUAAAUUCCCGUUACAAUUCUACGAAUCGACGCCGCGAAUAGAUCGAUCCCCUGAUUUCCGUUAAGAUAAUAGGGGUGGUUGAAAUGAUAUAACUCCGUAAUUAAGAGUGUUAUAAAUUAUGUAUUUUCCAACAACUUCAUAGAAUCACACACUUUAGUAACGUCGCUGAGUAUGAGAAUUUCCUUCAUUGGUACCGCCUUGAUCUUGCUCAGAUUUUGACUGACAAUCUGAUAGAUGAAGGCCCUCGUGUUGUAAUAGACGUAGCGAUUGAUCAGAUCCGACUUUGAGUGAACUGACUCAACAGAAUCAACCGAAUGCCCCAAUGACUAGACUUUGAUUUCUUGACUUCCCCUGCUUGACUGCCCUUCCGCUCUUACAUACUUACGGAGGAAAGCUCGGUAUGGGGGUGUUUUUUGAACAAAGAAAAUUGAUUCGUUGUUCAUACUUUUCGUUAUGAAAGUGAGGACGAGGAUCCCGUGAUAAUUACCAGCUUUCUCCGUAAUUUGUAAGAACGUACAAUAGACCUAAGAAAUUUUUAGUACCAGAAAGUACCAGUUAUAAACCGAAAAUACUUGCAGAAAUAACGGUUCCUGCAAGUUUAUAAGACUCGGUUUAUGGUGGGACCUUAGGUUUACUGAGGGCUUUCUAUGAGUGCUUGGGUCUUGACGGUCAGACAAUGAAGGACGUCGCGCGGACCUUUUCACGCGACGUAACAAUAUUAAAGACGUAUAAAUCGACAUUUAAGGACUACAUAUUAUAAAUUGUGAUACUAUUAUAGCAGUUAGAGACAAAAAUAUUGUUAAUGUAUGUUGUUAAAUUUUAUAUAUAGUUUCUGUUAUACUUUAUAAACAAAUAUUGUAAAAAAAAUAAGAUAUCCUAUAUUAUGUUUCCUAAUUUUUUAAUGUUAAAUGUACGUAAAACAUAAAAGUCCAAUAAUAUAUUUUAUCAAUAAAA